CGACGUUGUACACUCACGACUCAACUUGCGGUCUUUGGUUUGGUGCUUUAUACAUUUACAACUCAUGCAUGGUUUCACUUACUAAUCAUGGGUUGACACCUCAAGUCCUUUAUUUUCUGGAGGAAUUCACUCGCGGAUUUGAUUCAGAACCAGGUCUAGGUGAAUCACACGAGGCAACUUCAAGGGUGGCUGCAACUACCUGGUAUAUCCUACCUAAUCAACCUAGUCAAGCUAAUAAACGAUUUAAAAAUGUGAGCGAAUCGGAUUUGAAGGCAAGAGAAGAUAGUCGACAUGAACAGAAAACAAAGAGACAAACACAGUGGGCUAUAAAAAUCUUCCAAGAUUGGCUGUGUGAAACUGAAAAUGAGAGUAAAGUAUUAGACAAGGAACUUAUUGAAAGUGAAGACUUCCCAAAGCUGAUGAGAAAGUUCUAUGGAUCAGUUGUCAAGCAAAAUGGAACAAGUUAUUUGAAAGCGUCAUUGAUAAAUUUACGAGCUGGAAUUCAACGUCAUAUUUAUGACCUGGGUGCAAAUGUAUAUUUGAUGAGUGAUCAGUUUAAACUAGCAAACCGUCAACUCUCUGCUGUGAUCAAGGAGUUAAAAAGACAAGGGCUUGAGGAUAUCAGGCACAAGGAGGGUUUUGAACCUGAUGAUUUUAAAAAACUUUAUAGUAGUGACAUAGUAUUCAGCAAUGAUGACCCUAAAAAACUUCAAAACAAGGUGUUUUUUGAGCUUAUGUUUCAUAUGGGCCCUAAAGGCAGGGAUUACUUAAGAGAGUUGAAGAAAACAUCGUUUAACAUUAAAAAGGAUGGUCACGGAGUUGAGUACAUUGAGAUGGCAAAUGAGAAAAAGAACAAGACGCCAGUUAUUGAAGCAACAGGAACCAAAAACUGCCCAGUUACAUCAUUCAAGCUUUACAUGUCUAAGUUGAACCCAGAAUGUGAUGACUUUUUCCAGGUACCUCUUAAUGGUAUACAUCAAGUUUUCUCUGAAACUAGCAUCUGGUAUUGCAGAGCAGCAAUGGGAGUGAAUACAUUGAGCAAUAUGAUGAAAACAAUAAGUGAACGUGCCAUGUUGUCUAGAACAUACACUAACCGCUGUAUUCGACCUUCAAGUCAAAGAACCCGAGCAUGGUACUUGAUAUUAACUCUAUGAUUAAAAAGAUCAUUAAGUUUAGCUGAGCCAAAAUUUUACAGACACAAUUUUGUUGGUGUUCUUUGACAGAAACAGAAAGGUAUAAAAGUAUGGAAUUUUUUUUUUGGCUUAAACUUUGGCAUUAUCUGUUUUUUGAAUCUUAGCAAUGCCCCUGGAAGUUUCAGAAAUAUAUUUGCCAUUAAUGUAAUGUGGAAAACAAACAAGUCAUUUAACAGUGAAGUUACACUGUUACUAACUCAUAAUUUACAAUACAACAAUAUCAGGGACUAAAAUCUGUAAAAACAAGUCUAUUACAUUUUAAAAGGACUUUUCCAAAAGGCUAAUUUUUCAACAUAUAUUGUAUCAUAAAAGGGUGUGUAUGUAAAUAUAAAUAUACUUUGUUCAUAUUAUAUAAUACUUGUUAUGCUUGUUGCGCAGUUUUCAUCUUCAAA